AUGGCGCGCCAAGAUCCUCAUGUCAUAGCGCAGCUGCUGAAAAGCUUAGAAGAUGCUCGCAAGAUGGAAACGGCGCAGAAGAAGCGGACUUAUACCUGUAAAAUGUCGACCUUCAAGGUCCACGGGGCCGAGGAUGUGACGGUUCAGUCUUGGAAGUUCAUGGACUGGGACUACAAGCGAUCUGACCUUCCAACAUAUGCCCGCGGUCUUUUCACUUCCCGACGCAAAGAUGGUAUACCGGAAAUCUCUGUGCGUGGGUACGACAAGUUUCACAAUGUGGGUGAAACCGAAAACACGCGUUGGAGGAAUAUCGAGAAUAACACGCGAGGUCCAUAUGAGCUGAGUGUGAAGGAGAAUGGGUGUAUUAUCUUCAUCUCAGGCCUGGAGGAUGACAAAUUGCUGGUUUGCAGCAAGCAUUCCACCGGAUGGCGUAACGACUAUGAAAUCAGCCAUGCUAUAGCUGGUGAGAAUUGGGUGGAGCGUCAUGUCGCCUCCGUGAACAAAUCAACGAAAGACCUUGCACGGGAACUGCGCGAAAACAACCUUACAGCCGUAGGUGAGCUGUGUGACGAUUCCUUCGAAGAACAUGUUCUGGCGUAUGAUGAGGCCGCUGCUGGUAUAUAUCUGCAUGGUCUCAACUACAACCUCCCUGAAUUUUCCACAAAACCCAGCGAGGCAGUCCAUGAAUUUGCCGACAAAUGGGGGUUUAAAAAAGCAAAGUUUGUCAAAUAUGAUGAACUUGAUGACGUGAAGAAAUUUCUGGAAGACGCGGCCGAGACUGGGACAUGGGAUGGUCGGGAGACUGAAGGCUUUGUGGUUCGCUGCAAGAUGAAUGACGGUGGCCAGGGUCCCUACCGUGACUGGUUUUUCAAAUACAAGUUUGAAGAGCCUUACCUCAUGUACCGACAGUGGCGUGAAUGCACAAAGGCUGUGAUCUCAGGAAAGCUUCCCCACAUCAAGAAACAUGUGAAGAUCACCGAGGAAUAUCUCCAGUUCGCACGCAGAGAACUCAUCAAGCACCCCCAAAAGGCAAAACUCUACAAUCAAAAUCACGGCAUCAUCGAAUUGCGAGAACAGUUUCUGAAAGAGCGAGGCCUGAAUGGCUCUGAAAUUAUCGCCAUGGAAGCCCAGCUAGACAAAAAAAGUGACAACAUCGAGCGUGACGUUAUCAUCGCCCCGAUCGCUUCUCUGGGAUGUGGAAAGACUACUCUGGCUUUGGCCCUCGUUCAUCUUUUCGGGUGGGGCCACAUCCAGAAUGAUGACAUCCCCAAGCAGAAGCAUAAACCCAAGAAGUUUGCAUUCGAAAUUACGAAAGCCAUGGCAACAAGUCCAGUGGUGAUUGCGGACCGCAACAGCCACCAGCGACGCGAACGGAAGCAGCUGAUAGAGGACAUCUCUCCCGUUGUCCCCCAUGCUCAGUUUGUUGCCCUUCAUUAUGUCCAUGAGCCGAAGAAUGAAAUGCUACCAGCCAUCAAAGAAGUCACCCGAAAGCGAGUAUUGGAGCGUGGCGACAACCACCAGACCAUUCGCGCCGGCACAAAGAAUCCCGAAGAGACCAUUGGGAUCAUGGACGGGUUCUUGUAUCGAUUUGAAGGUAUUGACACAAGCCGAGAUCCAGACGAGCAUUUCCAUCACGUCAUUGACCUAGACGUGUGCGCAUCUUCGCGAGAGAACCUUGAGACGGUCGUGGCUGCCCUACAUGCUGCCUACCCCAAGAUCGUGCCCAACAUGCCUUCGGCUGAGGAUCUGGAUGCUGCCAUAGAGGCUGCGAUGAAUGAAUACAGAGUCAAGGAAGACUUGAGCGGAUCAUACUCGCAGAACAAAAAGUCCAAAAACUCGCAGCAUGUCUCGGAUGCUGAUGUCUCUCCAGCAGUUCUGGCCCGGAAAAUUGAAUUCUUCCAAAUCGGUCUUGCAGCCAAUGAGGUCUUCUCCGUCCUCCACUCUCUCUUCACCCCUGAAGUACCCGCGGAAACCUCACGUUUGUACCACCAACUUGUGAACCAGCGACGCAUCCAGCCUACAUGCCAUGUCACUCUUAUCCACCGGGCUUUGAGUAAUGAUCGCUCCGACAUCUGGAACCAUUACACGAAACAAUACAUUGACACUAUGACUAUCAAUCAAACCCAGAGCCCACCAGUUCUUGGAUCUGCCCGUGUACGCCUAGAGCGUUUAGUUUGGGACAAUCGUGUUAUGGCUUUUGUUGCACGCAUUCUGCCCGCAGUUGACAACAACCCCGAGAAUGAAGCCGGUCUGCCAUGUGCAAACAUCAUUCCUCACAUAACCAUUGGAACUGCCUCGCCUGACAUCAAGCCUAAGGAAAGCAAUGAUCUUCUUCAACGUUGGUUGAAAGUAGGGUCUGGUGGUGAUACUGGGAUUUACGAGAUGGAGGUCAACGGUGUUAAGGUUGUGAAUGGGGUUGUUGGGCCGGUCAUGAUGCGUGGCAGAUAA